AUGGGUUCAGCAGUAAAUCUCUGCUGUCGGCUAUGUCUUGAUCAAAAUGAUAAGCUAUUUUCGAUAUUCGAAGAGGAUUUGAAAGACAAGAUUAAUACAUAUUUACCAAUUAAAAUAACAGAGGAGGAUCUCAUCACAAACAUAUGUUGCUCAUGUUCAGAUACGCUAAAAGCAUUUGAUAAUCUAUAUUCAACGGCAGUACACUCAAAUGAAAAGAUCCAGAAACUGUUGGAAAAAAAUCGGCGGGAAGAGGAAGAACAAGCAGAACUAGCCGAUACAUUAAUGCUGAAUGAAGGAAAUAAGUUAAGAAUAAAUUUUGAGGCAACACAAGAUGAUGGAAGUGAUAAAUCACUUUCUAUUGAAACAGAUCUGGCCAAGGAUAUUGAUAGAAUUUUAGCCAUGACACAAUUAGACGAUAUUGCUGGUGGUCCUAGUCAAAUAUAUAAUUGUGAGUUUUGUCAACCACAUCCGCCAAUAGCUACAUUAAGUGAAUUAAAUGAGCAUCUUAAAUCUGCACAUAUUGAUCUAGUAUUUCAUUGUGAAACUUGUGAUAAUUUUAUUGACCGAAACUGUCUCAUUGAGCACAUGAUGCAGCAUUUAAGGGAAAUGAGAGAUGAUGGUCAGAAUGUUGAAAUUGUUGAGCAAGAAGUUGAGAGCAAUAAAGAUGAAGAAGUUGCACAGGAAAAUGCAGAAAGUAAUAAGGCAAAGGAUAUGGAUUCCGAUGAUACAAGUCCAAAAGAGAGACGGAAUCUCCUAAAAGAGGCUUCAGGCUCCAAUGUCAAAUACUUGAAAAAAUGCCAUUAUUGUCCAAAAUUAUUCAGUAAUCGAUCUGGAAGACUUUAUCAUCAAGAACAGGCACAUUUUAAUCGAAAGAGGUUCCAAUGCGAUCAAUGUCAAAGGAGUUUUGGCUUAAAACAGACUUUGAUGAAUCACAUACGCAAUAAGCACUCGAAUAAUGUCAGAUCAUUUAAAUGUGACCUAUGCGAUAAGACAUACAAAACGAAAUCAGCUCUCUACAAUCAUCGAGUAUAUCACUCGAAGGAAGAUCCAAAGUAUCAUUGCAACUACUGUACCAAAAAAUUUCAUUUCAAUUUUUUACUCCAACAACACGAGACAAUUCAUCUUGGACUGGCCAAAUCCUACGAAUGUGAUGUCUGUAAAAAGAUAUUUAACACCAAGAAUAAGCUUACAAAGCAUCGUGGCAUUCAUGCGAAUAAUCAGCAUGUGUGUACGAAAGAAGGAUGUAAUUUUAAGGGAAAUCUAAAGAGAUAUUUAAUUGCCCACAUCAAGAGGAUGCAUAAUUCAUAA